AUGCAUUCACUUGAAAAUGAUGGUAACCGACCUUCUGAUCUUUCUUCAUAUCAGAGGUGUGCUCUUCCGCUUGUAUCAAGCCAAAUCUCCAAGCUAGCUGGGGGACACUGUGUGCCAACGAAGCUGAAGGCGGAAGUAGCGCCAACGAAGCAUAACUGGCGGCUGAGCGUACGAGGCAAGAGCCGUCAACAAUCAAGCCUCGAUAAUUCUUCAAGACGGAAUCAAGCCCAUUAUAUUCCUAGCUCCUCUUUCGCCAUUUCUAUCAAGACCUAUGGAAAUCAUUCGUCUGCCUCAGAUCAAGAGACUCCAUCUAACACAUCCAUCCCAGUUUCUCACCCCACUCUCCCUUCCAAAAAAUUCGGUUCUCAAGCUAAACAAGCUUUCGGUCGAUUUUGUUCAUCAGCUAAACGUACCUUCACCAUAGAUGCUCUAGUCAUCAAACCUAUCAAUCAUAAAGAUCAGCCUACAAAGGUACCCAGGCUAAAACGAAUGUCAACCACCAAUACGAAAAGACCCAAAAUUUCCUAUCCAAUGAAACUACAUAAUCCCGAAUUUGCCUUUAUCGCUAGUAAAGAUCCAUGGGUAUAUGGAUCAUCUGAUUCUGAUGCUAUCGUACCGCCUCUUCGUCGACAUGCAACUUGUGGUGCUGUUGGUAGACCUGUUAGACCUGCUAGGACCUCACGCGAUGUAGCUCUUCGUCGCUCUCUCAGAUACAGGCGUCAAAUUCUCAGCACGGCUGAAUCAUCAGAUCGUGGUGAUUUACCAGCAAGACCGUCUGCUCCUGAACCUAUGGAUAUGGCGAGCUCAUCAGAAGAGUGUAACAAAUCAUACGAUUCUUCAAAGCACGGCGUUCCAAGUUCUAGUCUCAAGUCAUCUAUCACCUCCAAGAGUGUGGCCAAAAAUUCGUUCAAGGUUCACUCUGAUACACUUGAACCUUUAUUGAAUCACUCAUCUUUCUCGACCGAUAGUGACUACAAUCGACCUCUCAGACGUUCACCUGAUCAAUCUCGACUCGAUACUGAACGUCCCAGUUCCAGUUUAUCUUCAUUUACCUCUAUGAAGAGUGACCCAGAUCCAUACGCCGGUAUCCUUCGAACAAAAACCAAUCCAAUCAUUCCAAGGGCAUCUAUCAGGUUCUCCGAAGAAGUUAGAUUUUCACCAUCUCUUAUGAAUUCCUCGACACCCAAUUUGAGUACAGCUAUCACGACUCAGACAGUUAAGCAUUGCAAGCCAUCCAUGAUAUUGAAUAGCGUGUUGAAAGUCGACUCGUCUUCUGAUUGGUACGACGAUUUGAUGAACUCAAUUGAUAGGAAGAUAGGAAACCAAAAAUGA